AUGGUUCCUCUCAUGCUAUUAGGUGUGGAAGAAACAAUCAGGGAAGAAAACCAAGCAGAACGACAAUUUCGUGAAAAUUUAAGAGUGAAUAGAAAUGUGUUGGAACUGCAAGAUGAAAGGUUUGUGAGAAACUUCCGAGUAAGUCGGUAUGUGUUCCGCGAGAUACUCGACGAGAUCGGAGACGAAAUUUCUCCAACUUAUCGAAAUGGGAUAACCGCCAUUCAAAAACUGGCUGCAACUUUAAGAUUUUUGGCUGAAGGUACAUAUCAGCAUGGCGUGGGUAAAGACUUUUUCGUUCCAAUGGCGCAGAGCACAUUCUCCGUUGUAUUAAGCCAAACAUUAGAUGCCAUAGAGAGAAAGUUGUGUGCAAAAUGGAUCAUACUAAAUAUGACCAUUCGAGAAAAAGAAGAUGCCAAUGCAUUUUUCUUCUCGAAAAGUGGAAUCCCAGGAGUUGUGAUGUGCGUAGAUGGAACACACAUCAGAAUUAUGAAACCAAGAACAAAUCAACAUCUGUAUUACAAUCGGAAAGGUUAUUUUAGCAUUAACGCUUUAAUGAUAUGCGAUAACCGACAAAAAAUUCGAUUUGUCAAUGUGAAGUAUGGUGGAGCAAGCCAUGAUUCUCAUGUUUGGAACCGAAGCCCUGCCGAUAACUUCUUUGCUGCUAAGUAUCGUAAUGAAGAACAAGAUUUUAAACUUCUAGGUGACUCUGCUUACCCCGGCAAACCGUGGAUAAUAAAACCAAUAAGAAAUGCCCAACCAUACACGUCGCAUGCCGAAUACAAUAGCCGUCAUAGCAAAGGAAGGUUUAUUAUAGAAAGAGCCUUCGGUGUUUUAAAAAGCCGGUUUCAAUGUAUUGCUGGCGCAAGGCAGCUUCAUUAUACUCCUGAAAAAAGUUUACAGAUAAUAAAUGUUUGUAGCGCGCUUCAUAACAUGAUGAAUGAGCAUAGACAUCUGGAGCAUAGACUGGAUAAAACUCCCUCUGCUACUGCUCGUCGCUCCUUUUUAUAUUCUACUAUUUUCUAUCUCCAUGUCUACUCGAUUACUUUUCGCCCAACUCACACGGCCUUUCCUGACAUUUCUUCCGCCCCGGAAGAACUUUACUUUUUCUACACUAUAUUGAUAACAUUAACCUACCCGCACGGCCUUUCCUGA